CUUCCGACGCAGCGCUUGGUUCAGGUUCCGGGGCACCUUGGAGCUCCCGGCCUGUGGGUCGCGCGCGGCGCUCUGCGGCGGCCGGGAUGGAGGAGGCAGGAGCGGUGGUGGCCACGGCCGGGGAGGCCGAACUGAACUUGUCCCGCCUCAGCGUGUCCCUCGAGACCCUGGAGUCGGAGCUGGAGGCGCGGGGCGAGGAGCGGCGCGGCGCGCGGGAGGCGCUGCUACGGCUGCUGCUGCCGCACAACCGUCUGGUGUCGCUGCCGCGGGUGCUGGGCAGCGGCUUUCCGCACCUCCAGCUGUUGGACGUGAGCGGCAACGCGUUGACCGCGUUGGGGCCGGAGCUGCUGGCGCUGCGGGGCCUGCGCACGCUGCUGGCCAAGAACAACCGGCUCGGCGGGCCCGGAGCGCUGCCCAAGGGCCUGGCCCAGUCGCCGCUCUGCCGCAGCCUCCAGGUGCUCAACCUUAGCGGGAACUGCUUCCAAGAGGUUCCAGCCUCGCUGCUGGACCUGCGCGCGCUGCAGACCCUCAGCCUUGGCGGCAACCAGCUUCAGAACAUCCCAGCCGAGAUCGAGAACUUGAGGAGUUUAGAGUGUUUAUAUCUUGGAGGAAACUUCAUCAAAGAAAUCCCGCCAGAAUUAGGAAAUUUGCCUUCUCUAAAUUACUUGGUAUUAUGUGACAACAAAAUCCAAAGUGUGCCUCCUCAGCUUUCACAGUUGCAUUCACUUCGUUCCCUCAGUCUUCACAAUAACUUGCUGACAUACCUGCCUCGAGAGAUCCUCAACCUUAUUCAUUUGGAAGAAUUGAGUUUGCGAGGAAAUCCAUUGGUUGUUCGUUUUGUUAGAGAUUUAACCUAUGAUCCUCCAACUCUCCUGGAGUUAGCUGCACGGACCAUUAAAAUUCGAAAUAUUUCCUAUACUCCCUAUGAUCUUCCUGGGAAUCUUCUUAGAUACUUGAGUUUAGCCAGCAAUUGCCCAAACCCAAAGUGUGGAGGAGUCUACUUUGAUUGCUGUGUCAGACAAAUUAAAUUUGUGGACUUCUGUGGGAAAUACCGUCUCCCCCUGAUGCACUACCUGUGUUCACCGGAAUGCUCUUCCCCUUGCAGCUCUGCCUCUCACAGUUCCACAUCCCAGAGUGAAUCUGACUCAGAAGAUGAAGCCAGUGUGGCUGCACACAGAAUGCAGAAAGUUCUUCUUGGUUGAAAAGGGAAGCAGGGCAGUGUGAAACACUAAAAGACUGAGCAGAGGUGGUUAGAAAAGAGAAUAGACUUGGAAGUUCACUAGAAACCGUACCUUCAUCUUAAAUGUCCAUGACGGAGUUGGAGAUGGUGUAAAAGAUUUUGUCUUUCUAGCCAUUCAGCAGGAAUGAGUCCAGUUCCAUGUUUGGAUUCUUUUAAUAUAAUUCACUCUGAAUGGCAGUUUCAGAUUUAGUUGAUUGUUUGCAGUUUUCACUCAAGUUUUGCAUGAAUCACACAGCAGAAUGGAACAUCCUGAAGAGCAGUGCUAUAAUAAACCAUGAGUGGUGUAACUUGUGACAGUUGAUAUGAAGAUAGAAAUGAUCAAAUAUGUAAUUUUUACCAGAGUUGUCCUUGAGUUUAGGUUGAACACUAUACCGUAACAGGAUUAGCCCUCCAUUCUUGUAUUGCCCGUAUAUCUAGAUUACCAAGUUAUUCAGAUAAGCUCACAGAUGGUUACAUAGGUACUAAACCUUUCUCAGCUACUGACUGGUAAAGUAAGGGAUAUAACUUUCAUGUGGGGUUUUAAGACUCUUCACUUCUGCUCCUUUGUUCUAUAUGAUUGUUGUUACCCUUGUAUAAUCCAGCAAUGACUGUAAUAGUGCCUUAAUCAUAACAAGGAUUUAGAAAUUUAUUCAAGAAAUGAUACCAGAGCAGCCUAUAACCUGACAUACUAUGCAGAACACUUUAAAAUAUGCUUUAACAGAACUAGGUAAACAACUGUAUAUCUGACAUCUGAGCUCAUAGCCACCUUAACUUCAUUUUUUGUUUAAACAAGUCACUUUUAUAAUUAAUGGGAGGCCACGAUCUUGAUCAGUCUGUUCAUCCUAAGGUAGAAUAAUAGUUUUUAAUGGAAAAAUCUGUCAGAUUUAUUUUAACAGAAAAGAGAUGUAAGAUAGGAAACUUCUUUAUGUCUUGCAGUAAAGGAGUGGGAAAAUGAUUUUAAAGGUUUUAGCAGUCCAGUAUGACUCCUUUGCCUGUGUGUACUGAACUGUAACUUCCUCUAAUUUUAAAGAAAAACUAGAGAAACAUUACAAGUGAAAUAAAAUUGGGCACAGCAGUCAUUGUGUUUUUACACAAUAGAACAGUUUCCAAAACAAGUUUAACCAUGGAGUACUUUUUGAAAAUAAUAUAUUGAUAAAAUAUUUUAAAUUUAUUAAAUAUACCCUUAAAGUACAGCAGAAAAAUAGUUUCACAAAUUGCCAGUAGAAAUGACAAAUUUUUAUUAACUAGUAUGCAGUAAAAAUUGAGUAAUAGUACAACUGUAAGUUGACAUUAUAAAAUAAAAUACAUAGCACACAUUAGCAAUCGUUAGCUAACUCAUCUGUAAUAACAUAAUGGUUUGUUGGUAAAUACUACCUGUAGAGUAAUACAAAGGUCAGAAACACAUUGGAACAUCAGAUGAUCUCCCUUCUGACUUCUGGCAUUCAUGACUGGGGCACACCAUUUCCUAAAAGCAAGUUGUUGUAUAAUAAUGAUAUGUACAUAUGUUAGGUUUUUGUCACAUAUAUUUUUUAUUUUAGAAGAAAAUAUACUGUAGGAUAGUUUGUUUAUUAUAUGUUAAUUCAUGAAACAUCAUGAGAGUUUCAUGACUGCAGUUGUGAAACGCUGCUAUAGAGUGAAUCCCUUCACUCUGUUGUAAUAAGAUUCUUUUUUCCUUUUGAUCCAGAAAUUUUCUGACUCUGUCUGUAGAAGUAAUGUAGUAUCUUUCUACUACCUAACAAAGUAGUACAUGGGUGAUUUUAUCAUAAAAUGGAAGUAAUAAAAAGUCUUUGUUUACUUCUCCAUUUGAGCCACAGCAGGCUGCAUAUUACAAAAUUAUAAAAGAUGAUUUAGGCAGUGCCUAAGUGGCAAGCCCAAAGUGUUUUGUAAGUGAUUUAGGUAAGAUACAUAAAAUAUUUUCAUAGAAAAUAAAUAAUGUAUUCAUAGUAAAAUACUCAAAUUGAUAGGACCAAAUUUUUCUGGCUUAAGUGCCUCGGUUUACUUCCUAAUUAAUUACCAGUUUGAUCUAAGUAACAGCUUGGGUAAUCUUCUAAGAGUCUUUGUGAAAUAAGCAGGUAGGUAUGUAAAUAGAUGCUUAACCUUGCCAGAAGAUACACUGAUUGAUCUUUUACAGAUGUAAAUAGGUCCAACCAGAAACAGUUUCUAGUCUUUGCUGUGUAAUGUAGAUAUAUACAUUGUAUACAGCAAAAUGUCUUUAAACAAAAUGUUUCUUAUGCUUCUUUAUAUGUACAUUUGAAAAUCUCUGAUCAGUAUGCAGCUCUCUUUGGUGACUUUUAUUGAAAUCUACAUUUUAGCUGUUAGUUUUCUCUUUUUUUAUCUUUGACCUAACCUUUUAUAAGAGCUGCUAAUAAUUUCUAAGCUUUUCCUGAGCUGCUAAUAAUUUCUGAGCUUUCCCCUGUUUCUUUUCUCUACCUUCCCUGUUUUCAUAACUGGUGACUGUAGAAGUUAACCAGAAGUGAGUUACAGUUCCAGAGUCAUAUAGCUGACUAUGUAUUUAAAUUGAAAGUCUCUCUAGUCGCUGAGUCACUUGUUUGUGUGUAAGUUUUUGAUACUGCUCUACUUGGACAAUUUUAGUGACCAAAACUACUGUGGAUAAAACUACUUAACCAAAGCAUAAAUGUGUUUAGAAUGGAAUUCUUCAGUGCUAAUAUUUGGAAUUGAAAUGGAUACAUUGAACAUUCUUAGUAAUCUUUAUUCCUAGAAUCCAGUUCUCUCAGUGUCACCAACCUGAGUCGGUGAAAUGGUCCUAGGAUUUUAGGAAAUAGGAAUAUUAGCUACUAUAACGUUUUGCUUCCAUGGUGCCAGGGAUUGGCUGACCUGAAGACAAGCUAGUCAGGGUUCUCAGCAUUCUCUGUAUUUGUGUAGUAGAGGUAGAUCUGAGGGUUACUGUUCAUAUUUUACUUCUAAAUGCUUCCUGGGGGAGUCUCUUGCUCUAAAAUUCUUGAUAUUUGGAACUUUAAAUUGACAAAUUUAAAAGUAAAGACUUGUAUUGUAAACUGUACCUCAAACUUGAGAAAUUUUUGUACUAAUGUAAAGUUAAAAGCAGUCCACACUAGUGCAGGGUAAUACUGCAGACCAGUUCUCCCAAACGUUGAAAACACCAAUUUAAACAAAAGAAGACAAGGGAAAGGCUGAUUGCUGGAGUGUUAAAUGAAAGAAAUCUUUAAAAACCACAAAAGGCAGGGAAAGAGAAGUCACCAGACACCCAAGGAGAUCCCUGAGCCAAGAAAGUUUUUUAAAGUAAUACUGAAUUGUUUUGAAAUUAAGUGGCCCACUAACUACCAUCUGAAAGCCUGUUUAUCACUAAAUUUCUUCAGUUUCUGCUAGUGGGAGAUUGUCCACAUCCCUCCAUAAUGAAGGGCCAGCAAAUAAUAGGAUUUUCUUACACCCAACCUUGCUCUUUCCAAAGGGAGAAAGUAAUACCUCAUUAACCUGGAAUUUGUGGUACACCUUUGGUUAAUGUUUACCUUUUCACUAUGUAAAAGAGAAAAAAUACUAAGCAAAUGAUUACUGCAAAUUAAGUUUGAUCUUAUAAAGCAUUUUAGCAGUAGCUAUUUAUAAAAAAAAAGUUAUUCUAAAUAAGACCCUUUGUGGGCUGAACUUUUUAUCAGUUAUAAUAUGUAUAUAUAGUAUAUAAAAUUAGUUAAGCUGCACUUAUUUAGAAAUACCUAAUUUUUACCUAAAUGACUCCCUUUCUUCUCAUCCAAAGUAGAGAUUUUAUUAUGACAGUAUAACUAUCACUCCCCAUUUAGUCCAAAAUAGUCAGUUUUGAAAUUGUGUUGAGCAUUUAACAACAGUAAAGGCUGCCGUAUAGGUUUUAGGCACCGUGACCUGGAAUUCAUAGUUCUGAUCCCCACUGUACAGAAAAGAAAUAUUUGACCUUCACUGUUUCUGUAUUAAGCACUGCACUAUAUAACAUUAAUCUGAUGAAUUUAAUAGCAUCCAAUUUUGUAUUUUAUAGUCAUGAUCUUUUUAAAGGUAGCAGUGCCUUCAGUUGUGCUUUGAAAGUAUGUGCCUUAAAUCUUCCUCCUGGAGCCAAAGUUUGGGGAACUAUGUCAUUUAAUAAGUUGUGUGUGACAGCCUCAUGACGCUUUGCUUUGAGUUGAAGAAGAAUGACUGUGAUCCUGAAGGACUCCUUUCACUAAAAUUAGACCUAGUGUCUCUGAGUCUAGGGCUUUUGGAGAAGGAAUCCCAAUCAUACAUACUGUCAUAGAAGGAUUAGAGUCCCUGAAAUAAAAUCAGUGAAAAAGUAUAUUCUCUUUCAUAUAGAGAAAAUGUAUCUGCUACCACUAAGGGAUGACAAGUUCCUAACGAAUUCAUAUUAAUAGCAUCAUAUAAAGAUAUUAUUGCCAUGAAGCCUAGCAUGUUUUGUGCUUUCUUUGUAAUACCAGGUUAAAAAGGGUAUGGUUUAAUAUUUUUGCAUGUAAAUAUCCCCAUUCUUUUUAUGUCUCUACUUGGUUCAUAUUUGCUAAGAAUUGAUGUAGAAAAUAACAGUUCACUAACAACAAACAUGACAUGUUAUUGAACACUCACAGGGUAAUAUUGAUUUGGGUGCUACUAGACUUUUAUCUAGCACUUGCAUGUCAGUCUCAGUUUAUCAUAAGGGACAGUAUUCAAUCUAGUUAAUAUUAAAAUUUGUUAGUAUAAAGAAGGUUAUUUAUACACCAUUAUACUAGAAACCAUGAUUGGAGAGACUGUCUGCAUUCAACAGAAGUUACUUUCUUCCUUUUGCUGUGAAUAAAUUGGGUAAAACUCUUAUUUUCAAUUCCAGUUAUGGGAAGAAACGGGAUAAGCUUGACAUCACUAUUGCUGGUACUACAAAAGCAUUACUAAAUUGGUUAAUUCUUCUGUCUACAACUCGUGUUUUAAGAGAAUCCUUUCAUUAAUUUAAAUGGUUGACAAUGAUGUGUUACUGAGAAGGAUUAUUAACCUCAACAAUCACUUUACAACAACUAUGGAGCAAACUGUGUGCCUGCAAUUGGUGUCUGUUGCAUUUCUGAGCCCACUUUGUAUUCAUGAGAAGCAAAAUAUAAUGGGAGAAAUAUUUUAAAUAACCACUAUUUUAACUUUUUAUAAAGUUUGGGACUUUAUCAACAAAGGAUAUCAAAAAUAUAUGUACUUUGGGCUUCCCUGGUGGCGCAGUGGUUGAGAGUCCGCCUGCCGAUGCAGGGGACACGGGUUCGUGCCCCGGUCCGGGAAGAUCCCACAUGCCGCGGAGCGGCUGGGCCCGUGAGCCAUGGCCGCUGAGCCUGUGUGUCCGGAGCCUGUGCUCCGCAACGGGAGAGGCCACAACAGUGAGAGGCCCGCAAACCGCAAAAAAAAAAUAGUAAUAAAAUAAAAUAAAUAUAUAUAUGUACUUUUACUUUAGUCAAAUUAUUUUUAUUACCUGAUUUCUUAAUUUUCUGUAUUUGCAUUCUUGUGACUUAAGAAUAUCUAUAUCUGUAGGUAUAUAUAUAUUUAAAACAAUGGUAAUGUAAUUCAGCAGUGUGACUCAAUAAUUACAUUUUAUUUUUGGGACAAGAUAUAGUUUAUUGCAUCAAAUUUAUGUAUUACCUUGUAAUGGUAAAUGCUCUAAAAAGAGUAUUUAAGCUACUUCAAUUCUAUACCUCCUUUUUUUCCUCCAGGACACACAAAAGAAUGUGAUCUAAUAUUAAUCCUCUGUGUGAAUUUUGCCUUAUCAAACAUUGUGCCUUAUUUUAUUAAAAGUGUUUUGUUGGAAUCUAAUUCUGUAUUCUGGAAGAGCAAAAGUAUUUUAGUUUUAAUUGACAAGCAUUUACUUAAAAAAUCUAAAAUCCUUAUACUGUUGGUUUUUGCCUGAUUACUUGCUAUACCAUUGCUCAUCUAUUCAUUGAAUUUUUUCAAUACAUGAAUAAUACAUUAAGCAUGUAUUAGUAUUUAUACUCUCUGUGCUAGAUGCAAAGGAUGAAAGAUGAACUAGACCAGAUCCUUUCUACCAGAGUUCCUUCUGCUUCCACAGUCUUAACAGACUUACGGAUGCAAACUCUAAAAAACAAUUGGUGAGGUCAUGUUGCUACUGAAGGUCAGUUACUUCUUGCAUUUAGUCCAGAAUCAAGCAAUCUUGAUUCAAAGUAGUAUAGUAUUAACUGAGCACAUUGAUAUUGCAGUACUUAUUUAGUGCCAUUAUUUUGGUGACCCUAGAACACCUGACAUAUUUCUAGAUUCCAGGAUUUGGAAGAAUAUCAUGGUUGUUUAUGAGUUGAGGUAAAUAGUGGGUAGGAAAGACACUCUGCAAAACAGACGAUGUUUCAGAAUUGCCGAAAUGGAAAAAGCUCAGCACUUCCCUGGUUGGUAUAUAGGAAGUCCUCCUGGUGAAAAUGGGCUCAGAAAUUUGAGGGCACAAGAGAAGAAACAUUGGGUGUAAAUGAUCUUUCCUGAGGAUAAAACUGCUCCCUAACCUGCCCUGUUGUGGAUGUUCUCCUUAGAACAAGUGUCGGAAGAAGCUUCCUUAAUGGCUUGUCUAACUCUAGAUACUACAUGGGAAGCCAGAACAUUUCAGGGGCUAUGUAAGACUUGGAUGUGUCCCAUUCAUAACAUCAGUCAUUGCCAGCUUCGUGAGCAGUUCCAUCAGCAUGCCCUAGAACGUUAGAGCUUAAGGAAACCUCAAAGGUCUGAAGGUGACUUAUGUUUGAGAGAUGAAAAAAUUUAAGCCCAGAGAGAUGUGUUCAAGACUUCACAUGGUGGGCUAGAGGGGUGUUAUAGGGAGGGUGGGAGGAAGACGUAAGAGGGAGGAGAUAUGGGGAUAUACGUAUACGUAUAACUGGUUCACUUUGUCAUAGAGCAGAAACUAACACCAUUGUAAAGCAAUUAUACUCCAAUAAAGAUGUUAAAAAGAAAAGACUCCACAUGGUGGAAUCUUGAAUCCAAGCCUCUGGAUUCCCAGGUCAGUGCUGUCUCCACUACAGUAUGCUGCUUUCUUUAAUACUCUAUUGUGUGACAGGAAAUCAGUAACAGCAUUGUUACUGCAUUGUAAUCUGCCAACGGGCAUCAAAGUGAGGCUGUCCACACCAUCUCUUCAGAACUUUACAUCUAGUGGGAAACCUUAGAUAAGAGUAAAUAUCUGGGUAACUCGUUAUGUUUACAAAGCAUACUCAAGAGUCUACCUUAUUUAAUCAUCAUGACACUGUGAGGUAGGACUAGACUUGGUGAAAUGUGUUGGUGUGGUUUUGUCACACCCUUUACCCGCCUCUGAGUUUGAAAUCAAUUAAGAAAUUGACAUAGAUUUGAGAAAGGGAUAUAAAUAUCAGCUUUAUCAAAUCCGAAUUGAACUUCUAUGUAAAUUGAGUAUAACCAACCAAAAUCAGACCCCCUCUACUCCCAGAUAGCAUUUCACAAGACUGACCCUAACACACCACAGAUCCAAAGGAGGUCAAGUCAAGUCUUAAGCCUUGUAGUGCUUCCCAAUUAGUAUUUCUCCCACAGGGAGGAAAAAGAUCUAGAAAGAUUUCUUCUGGGCAGCUGUUCUCAACCCUGGUUGCACUUUAGAAUCACUAUGGGAGCUUUCAAAAUAUACAAAAGUAUGGGCCCAUCCCCAGACCAAUUGAAACCUGAUCUCUAGAGGUGGAGUCUGGACAUCAAUAAUUAUUGAUGCCCACUGAGCUCUUCUCUGUGACUCAGUUACCCAGCAAGGAUGAUGAUUCUUUUGUGAAAAUCCCUUCAUGAUAACUUGAGGUCAGUGAAGUAGGAUUUUUAGAGAUGAAGAAAUGGGCCCAAAGUGAUGAAGUGACUUGCCCAGGUUCUCUUAAGGUAAAUCGUGACAGAGCUGGAGCUAGAAUCCAUUCAUCUAUUUAAAAAAAAAAUUUUUUUUAAUUGAAUGCAUACUUCAGACCAGGUGCUGAUUACUAAUCCAAUGUUCUUUGCUUCUCCCUGUCAGUUACCUUUUCUUGAACUGAAAUGUAAGAUGGAUGUACAUUUGUUGGACAUAAGAUGGUAUAUUCAGGUGGAAUACUGAAUUGGCUCUAUUGAAGCCAGCUUCAACUAAGUCGGAGUACCUGCCGAAUCAUGGAGCACAAAAGCAGCAAAACAGAUCAACGUGACUAGAAACAUACGUAAAAGGAUGGCUUGGUCAAAUAUUUCAGGAUAAAGCCACAAGGCAGGAGACAGCCUUUCCAUGGGCGAGGAAAACCUCAUCAAGUCACUAUA